AUGGACGAGCUCCUCGUGUGCUUCGUGUGCUCGAUGGACAUGGCGCCCUGGAGCGUGGCCGACCGCGAGACGCACCUGAACGCGUGUCUGGACGCGAGCGCGGCCCAGCGCGUCGACUGCCCCACGUGCGGCCAGGAGCUCUCGGAUUGCGACGAGCGCGCGCGCUCGCAGCACGUGAACCGCUGCCUGGACAGGGCGGAGGCGGCGGCUGCAGGCGGCGACGCUCCAAGCAUUGGUGCUGAGGACGACGAUGAUGCUGAUGCGGACGACUACGACAGCGAGAGCGAGUGCGGCUACGUGUGCAAGAUCUGCGGCGCCGACAUGUCGGAGAUCGACCUGAUGCGGCGCAUCCGUCACGUGAAGCAGUGCGGCCAGAAGUUCGGCGUGCGGCCCGGAGACAUGGGGGAGGUGGAGCAGGCGGAUACGAUCGUUGCGAGGCUGGAGAAGAAGACGGAGGAGGAGGACAAGAGCGCGCCGAAUGCGUUCGCCAUCAUGAUGCAGUCGGGGAAAGCGCCGGCGCCGGCUGCUACAAUUGAGCGAUCAAAUGUCUUCGAUGUUCUGAUGCGCGGCUCUAAGACGGAAGCUGUGCUCAACGCUAGGAAGCGGCCGGUGCCGUUCAAAUUCACUCGCAAGGCCGUUCAACGACGGCGUCUGCUUUAUCCCGAGUUCAAGUGCAUCCGAGGCACAAACCCGCCGUUCAUUGUGGAUGGAUUCCAAUACGCUUGCAAGCAAAACUCGAGCAUUUAUUUCCUGACGCACUUCCACUCGGAUCACUAUGGAGGGCUCGACAAGCACUUCGACUGCGGCAUCAUCUACUGCAACGAAAUAACGGCAAAGCUGGUCGUCCAAGAGCUCGGAGUGCUGAGUAAAUACGUCCAUCCAGUGGGGAUGAACACGCCUGUGCUGGUCGGAGACGUGCAAGUGACCUUCAUGGACGCCAACCAUUGCCCUGGCUCAGCGAUCAUCCUCUUCCGCCUGAAGGACGGAAAAACUUAUCUGCACACUGGCGAUUUCCGAUUCCAUAGGAAAAUGUUGGACUACCACGCGCUUCAGCCGCACAUCGCGACCGGAGAUGAAAAGAUUGAUCACAACGGAAAGAUCGUCGGCCUUAGUCGUCUCGAUGGGGUGUAUCUGGAUACCACCUACUGCGACCCGAAGUACACUUUUCCAACCCAGCAAGUUGCGGUCAAUCAUGCUCUCGAGCUCAUGGACAAGCACUUCAAGCAGGAGAAGGUGCUCUACCUCUUUGGGUCGUACACGAUUGGCAAAGAGCGGCUGUUCAUGGAGGUUGCGCGCAAGUUCCAGAAGAAAGUGUGCGUGUCCAAGGCGAAGCUGAAAAUCAUUGAAACGUUCGGUUGGCCCGCCAAAGAUAUGCAGCUUCUGACCACUGAGCCCGGCGCCACCAACCUACACGUCGUUCGGAUGCAGGACCUUCAGAUGGACAACUUAACCGUUCUGCUGGCGAAGCACCGGCUUCGAUUUCGGCGUAUCGUAGCGUUUCGCCCCACUGGAUGGACCUUCAGCAGCAAGAAUCCGCGAUCGAUUUCGACUUGCUGCACGGACCCAUCGGGCAAGAUCCAUGUCUAUGGCAUCCCGUACAGCGAGCACUCGAGUUUCGCCGAGCUCUGCGACUUUGUCCAGGUGGUGAACCCGCACGCCAUUAUCCCGACGGUGCGUCAACUCGUUAUAGCCUUCGAAUCACUCUGCUAA